AUGUUGAGGACCAAUCAACGAAGCGUCUAUGAUAAUGUGGAAUUGCAGGAGAAAAUAAUACGAUUAGAAGCAGAAGUAUCGGAACUAUCACAAACAGCUUGUUCAUUAUCAUCAAGAGUUGAGGAGUUGGAUAAUACCAAAUGUGCUCUACAAGAAGCUCAAGACUUAGCCCAGAGUGUUAUAACUAUGCAUGAUACUAUACAUAUCUGUAAAGAGGCACUAGCUACUAAUAACAUUGAUGAUGCUGCUAAAGCAAUAGCCCGGAUUAGAGAGGUAUAA